UACUCAUCUUCUUCCCUCUCUCUUUCUUUUCUCCCUCUCUCACACACAUCCCUGAUUCAAAGGAAGAAAGCCAACGCCACAGGAGAAUAGACAAGCACUCCAUAAUUAACUAUACUUAUGUACAGGGCAAAAAGGAAAUGGGAACAUAUAGAUCAGAGGAGGAUUAUGAUUACUUAUUCAAGGUGGUGCUCAUAGGGGAUUCUGGUGUUGGCAAAUCGAAUUUGCUAUCGCGCUUUACUAAAAAUGAAUUCAGCCAGCAAUCUAAGUCCACCAUCGGCGUCGAAUUCGCCACUCGUACCAUUCAUGUUGAUGACAAGAUUGUCAAAGCCCAGAUUUGGGACACUGCUGGCCAAGAGAGGUACCGGGCCAUCACAAGUGCUUAUUAUAGAGGAGCUGUUGGUGCCUUACUUGUUUACGACAUUACUCGCCACGUAACGUUUGAGAACGUAGCGAGAUGGCUCAAGGAGCUCAGAGAUCACACGGACCAGAACAUCGUCGUCAUGCUAGUAGGGAACAAGGCGGAUCUCCGCCACCUCCGUGCGGUCCCCGCUGAUGAGUCGAACGGUUUUGCAGAAAGGGAGAGGACCUUCUUCAUGGAAACAUCUGCUCUUGAGGCGUUGAACGUUGAAAACGCCUUUACGGAAGUGUUGACUCAGAUUUACCGGGUGGUUAGCAAGAAGGCUCUUGAUGCAGGAGACGAUCCAACAUCUUUGCCUGCAGGACAAACGAUCAACAUCGGAAACGAUGUAUCUGCUAUUAAGAAGGGCGGAUGUUGUUCCGGUUGA